CCGCCCACCGCGGUGACGUUGCAAGAGGCGGGAAGCGGCGCCCCGCCUGCCUCCUUCCGCUCGUCCCGCGCCUGCGCACGGCCGCCAUCUUGUGGUGAGGCGCACCCUGAGGCGUCCGCAGCACUGCAGAAUGGAGAACUAUAAGAAGACCAAAAUUGUGGAGAAACCUUGUCUUCAUCCUUUCACCAAUUUGCCCCCUGACAUUAUUGAAAUGAAGGUGAAAGACGGGAGCAAAAUCAGGAAUCUGAUGGGCUAUGCCAUCAGCAAGAUGGAGCUGGACUCGGUGAGGCAGAUUCUUUUCACUGGCUCAGGCAAGGCCGUCAGCAAGACCAUCACGUGUGUGGAAAUCAUGAAAAGGAGGCUCAAAGAACUGCACCAGAUCACCAAAGUGCUCUUCAAACAGAUUGAAGAGAUCUGGGAACCCAUUGUGCCUGAGGCAGGUCUCGAUACCUUGACAGUGAAGAGAAACAUUCCCGCCAUAUGUGUCCUACUCAGCAAAGACGCCCUCAAUCCUCAGGAGCCGGGGUACCAGGCUCCGGGCUCUUUUGAUGCCUUCUGUAUCGAGACACUUGAAGCAGAGUCCCAGGGCCAGGUGAAGAGGAAGCAGGGUGGAGGCAGGAGAGCUGGCAGCACUGGGAAGCACCCUCCCUUCACUGGAGGAGCACCUCGAGAGCCCUGCGCCAAGUCUUGACACACCAGCACUGAGCUUGGGUGUAGUUUGGGGGGAGAGUUGGAAACAAACCAGCUGCUGCUGCUGGAAAGCUGCUGCUGAACACGGGGGCUUGCAGAGUGGUCAGGGGAGGGCAGGAGGAAUUCACUGUUUCAAUAGGGUAUGUCUGUAGGUGUCUGAAACUGUUCUGACAAGUUCCCUUGUCAAAGGGCUGCCAGGCUGUACACGUUAGCUGCAGUUCACGGAUCACAGGAGGUGUCUCUGCUUGAGCAAGGUUCAGGGAAGACGGGAGUUCUCUCUGCAUGAGCAAUGGCCAUCAGUCUCUCACAGGGGGUGGUCCAGUGGCCCAAACAGGAGCUGUGCACACCAAGCACUGUUUGUGCAGUCAGGAAGCUCUCACUGGUGUGGAGGAGAGAUGGCCCUGACGUGCAUUCCCAAACAGUGGAGCACGGGGCUUCUCCGCCUCAGAGUCCAUGUGCUGAGCUUGUGGGGCAGUUUGAAUGUCGGACUGCAGGAAUACAGCUCCAUCUGUGUGCACAUAGCUCCCUUUCUGUCCCCCUUUCUGCCAGAGUGGCAGGGGGUCGGGUCGUGUCGUAA